AUGACUCGCGUCCUCACCCCUUACUGGUCGAAUGGCGUGCAGAAACUAAGGCUUGAGCCUCAACCCCCUCCGCCGCCACCGCGAGGUACCCUGCCUCCCGCUCAAAACACUGCCGUCCAUGCCAUUCGCUGCAUGGCUCAGCUUCGUUCGAAGGACAAGGAUAUCGAGAAAUAUAUAUACCUGUCCCAACUGAAGCAUGCGGACGAGAACAUGUUUUACAGGCUUUGCAUGGCGAACCUGUCUGAAUUCACUCCCCUCAUCUACACCCCAACCGUCGGCGACGCUUGCUUGCAACAUUCUCACAUCUUCCGUAGGCCAGAGGGACUGUACAUCUCCAUAAAGGAUAAGGGCAAGAUCGGGCAGUUGCUUCGGAACUGGCCCCGCAUCGACGACGCGCGCAUCUCGGUCGUGACUGAUGGGUCUCGCAUUCUUGGAUUGGGGGACCUUGGCGUCAAUGGAAUGCCUAUCUCCAUUGGCAAGCUCUCGUUAUAUGUCGCGGGCGCUGGCAUCCGUCCAGCUUCAACCGUCCCGAUCUGUCUUGACCUUGGUACUAAUAAUCAGAAGUUCCUAGAUGAUCCUCUCUAUUUGGGUCUCCGUCACAAGCGCGUGGCGGACGAUCUGAUGACCGAGUUCAUGGAGGAGUUCAUGCACGAGAUGUCGGCCGUGUUUCCCAAGCUGCUGGUGCAAUUUGAGGACUUCUCCACUGAGCACGCGUUCCAAUAUCUCGACGCUUUCCGCCACCGUUAUCCGGUGUUCAAUGACGAUAUUCAAGGCACCGGGGCCGUCGUCCUCUCUGGCUUCUUCAACGCCGCCAAAUUGUCUUCAGCAGCGUCGGGGCGGCCCUUGAGCGAUCAUCGCAUUCUUUUCUUGGGCGCUGGCUCGGCAGGUGUCGGCGUUGCUAUGCAGCUGAUGAGCUUCUUCAAGCUGCAGGGCUUGACCGAGGCGGAGGCGAGGAAUCGCAUCUACCUCGUCGAUUCGCAGGGUUUGAUUUUCGAUGCUCGUGGUCCUAUGGCAGAGCACAAGAAAUAUUUCUCCAGGGCUGACUACAGUGGUCCCCCUAUGACGAACUUGACCGACAUCAUCGACCAUGUCAGGCCGACAGCCUUGGUUGGUCUUUCCACCAUCAAGGGAGCCUUCACCCAAGAGGCUGUUGAGAUGAUGGCCACUCUGAACGAACGCCCCAUCAUUUUCCCCCUCUCCAACCCCGUGCGUCUGUCCGAGUGCGAGUUCCAAGACGCUGUCGAGUGGUCGCGGGGUCGCGUCCUGUUCGCUUCGGGCUCUCCUUUCCCUGAGAUCGAGUACGACGGACGCAUGCUUUACCCCGGGCAGGGAAAUAACAUGUACAUCUUCCCCGGUCUCGGUUUGGGCUCGAUCCUGUGCAACACGUCUGCCGUUACGGAUAGCAUGGUAGAGGCCUCUUCGCUAGGCCUUGCGGACUCACUCACGGAGGAGGAGAGAGAAUCCGAUCUCCUGUACCCCCGUCUGGAGCGAAUCCGGGAAAUCAGCGCUUUCAUCGCUACGCGCGUCAUUCGCAAGGCGCAAGCCGAGGGUGUCGACCGACAGACCGACCUGCGCAAGCUCAGUGACGACGAUCUAUUGCGCCAUGUCGUCAGCAAGAUGUGGAAUCCUUGA